GCAUCUUACACAGAGUGGACAGUCGCCGCAAUCGAGGCGCUGCAGACCUGGUAUGACGAUGCAGGAGGACUAUGGCUCACCACUGGCUGGUGGAACUCAGCCAACUGCCUGACUGUUUUGGGCGACUUUUAUUCCGUCGACUCGGGCUCAGCAGAGGAACUCGGGCUCAGUAACGUCUUUUCCAACACUUUCACCCAAGCCCAGCUGAGUACAUCUUCCAAGGUGCGGAAGAUGAUCAUGGCACGAGGCCAUAGUCUGCCCAUCGUCGAGUCCCACUCCGAGACCUCACAGCAAAGAUCGACCACCGGCUCAUCCGACGUGGUGGAUCGCGGAUACAGCGGAUUUCUCAACGACUAUUAUGACGACGAGGGCUGGUGGGCUCUGGCCUGGAUCAAGGCAUACGACGUCACCAGCACUGCCGAGUACCUGUCCAUGGCCGAGAGCAUCUUCGCCGACAUGGAGGGCGGCGUCAACGCCACAUGCGGUGGCGGCAUAUGGUGGAGCAAGGACAGGACGUACAAGAACGCCAUCGCGAACGAGCUCUACCUCGCCGUGGCAGCCUCUCUUGCCAACCGCGCGUCCGACCCGGGCACAUAUCUCGCCAUUGCCGAGGAGCAGUGGGAGUGGUUUCUGAGCAGCGGCAUGAUCAACAGUGACCACCUCAUCAAUGACGGCCUCACUAUUAACUCGGACGGAACGUGUGUCAACAACGGGGCGGCUGUGUGGAGCUACAACCAGGGCGUGAUACUCGGCGGCUUGGCGGAAUUAUACAGGGCCAAUGGCAACGAAACGCUGCUCACCGAGGCCGUCGCGAUUGCAGAAGCCGCCAUGCAAAAUUUGACUGUGGAUGGUAUACUGCACGACGGCUGCGAGCCCAACUGUGGAGGUGAUGGCUCUCAGUUCAAAGCAGGCGUCUUCAUGCGCAACCUGCAGUAUCUGCAGGCUCAAGUGGACAAGGACGAGUUCCAGACCUUCAUCCUGGACAAUGCCAAUUCGAUCUGGGAUAAUGAUAGGAACAGCUCCAAUUACUUGGGUAUCGACUGGUCAGGUCCUCCGUCUGCGGGCGGCGACCCCAUUGCGAGCACGCAGAGCUCUGCCUUGGACGCGCUCGUUGCUGCCGUG